AUGUUCCGGGGCACGUACCGCACGCGCACGUGUGCCCCGUCCCUCGGGCGGACCGUUUGUUUCUCGGGGAAGCCCCGCGACUUCUUCUGCCGGAAAUACGUAGGAAAUCCUUUAAUUAAGUUCCCCGUCUGUGAUGUUUUAUGCUGUGAAACAAAAGACCUGAAAAUUAUUCCGGCGGACUCAGAUCGGAAGCUGUUCGUUGGAAUGCUCAGCAAGCAACAGACGGAGGAGGAUGUGCGCCAGCUGUUCACACCGUUCGGCACAAUAGAGGAGUGCUCCAUUCUGCGCGGGCCGGACGGCGCAAGCAAAGGUACG